AGAAACAAGCAAGUGUCCGCAAAAGCCAAAAGCGCUUUCCCUAAUCUCCCCCAAAAGCUCAGAAGUGCUUUUCCUCAUCUCCCUCGACACUUCCUCGUUCCCAGCUCCCGAUCAUAUGCGAAUCACCUCACGCUCGCUCGGUAAAUUGAGCUUCCUGUUCCCAGGAAAUGGCUCAACCUGAGAAGAACUCGAAAAUUCUAAGCUGUGAUGCCUACUUCGAGGCUGUACAGUCGAAAAAGAGGUUGCCGCUAUCUUUGCAGGAGUCGUUGACUGCCGCGUUCGCUCAGAUUCCAGUUUCAUCAUUUCCUGAGGUUCCAGGAGGCAAAGUAAUUGAGAUACAAGGGGAUACUUCCAUCCUCGAUGCAGUACGAAUUCUGUCGGAGCACAACAUAAUGUCUGCUCCAGUGAGAAAUCCAGAAGCAGAGACUUCAAGUGAUUGGAGGGGAAAAUAUCUGGGAAUCAUCGAUUAUGCCGCGAUCAUUUUAUGGGUGAUAGAGAAUGCGGAGCUCGCGGCAGUUGCAUUGUCAGCGGGCUCAGCGACUGCUGCAGGAGUGGGGACAGGUGUUGUGGGAGCCCUCGGAGCGGUUGCCGUGGGCGCGACUGGGCCUGCGGCAGUUGCGGGCUUGACCGCUGCUGCUGUCGGUGCAGCAGUGGCUGGCGGAAUGGCUGCGGACAGAAGCGUGGCAAAGGAUGCUCCGAGUGCUGCUGGUCACUUGGGGAAAGAUUUCUACAAAGUCUUGCUUGAAGAAGAACCUUUCAAAUCAACAACGGUUCAAUCGAUCAUUCAAUCGUAUCGAUGGGCUCCUUUCCUCCCUGUGCUGCUAGACAGUUCAAUGCUUACUGUGUUGCUGCUACUCUCGAAAUAUAGAUUGAGAAACGUGCCGGUGGUCGAACCUGACAAGCCAUAUAUUAAGAAUUUUAUUACUCAGACAGCUAUUGUCCGGGGCCUGAAGCAAUGCAGUGGAAGGGACUGGUUCGAUUGUAUCACCGCUCUUCCUUUAUCAUACUUCGGUCUUCCCUUCAUGUCAUAUGAUGAGGUUAUAACCAUCAAAAGUGAUGAUUUGAUCCUCGAGGCUUUCAAGCGAAUGAAGGAUAACGGAAUUGGCGCCCUCCCAGUAGUAGAGGGGCCCGAAAGAAAACUUGUAGGUAGCGUUAGCAUACACCAUGUGAGGUUCCUGCUGCUCAGGCCUGAUCUUUUUUCAGAUUUCAGGCAACUAACUGUGAUGGACUUUAUGAAGACCAUUGGUUCAGUUUUCCCAGGCUUUGAGAACAGCAUGGUGGAGCCGCCGCUAACAUGCGGGCCUGAUGAUUCUUUUGGCAGUGUUAUUGAUAACCUUGCAUCAAAGUCAGUUCACCGGAUUUAUGUGGUAGAGGGUGACGAUCGCGAAGUUGUCGGAGUCGUGACACUCAGGGAUGUGAUCUCCUGCUUCAUAUACGAGCCUCCGAAUUAUUUCGACAACUACAUGGGGAUAGCAAAGGAGAUGCUCGAGACCGCAACUACAGCUACCGCGCCCACAGCUCAAUGAAGCUGCAUCUUGAAGCUUUCCAUUUCGUAGCUCUCCUAGCAUAUCAGUAUAUAUCACCGGAGAAGAUGUUACAUUAAAAUUUGUGAAUCCAGCUCGAGUCUUUGGUAAGCUGCAGCUUUGGCCUGUGUUUCUGAACUGAAAAUUUUGUAAAAUAACCCAAUAAUGUAUGCUGAAGUUUUAUAUACUGAACAAUUACAAAAUCGUGGUGUAAUUAAUGUAAACUAGAUGAGUGAGUUGUUCCUGUUCUAUUCU